GUUGCCUCCAGUGUACAAUGAAUGUGAUGCUAUGUGUUUCAGACGGGCACAAUGUUACCAAGGUAAAGUUCCAGACUGAAGGUUUGGCGUCCAUAGCCAGCAUGGUGGACGCUGGGCUAAUAAACAUACCCACACUUACCCAGAUGACAGUGUGUCUUCAUUUCCGGUUACUGCACGGAGGUAAGGGAGUACCAGUCGUCAGCUAUUCCAACAAGCAACUCUACACAGACGAGCUCUUCAUUGGUCUAAAUUGGUAUCGUCAUACGUUAAUGAUUGAGUGUUGCCAAGAGGCAGUCAUUGAAGAUUUGCCCCUGGUGGUGAGGUUGUACGUCUGGCAACACCUAUGUGUGACCCUGGACCUGGCAGCAGAUGGCGUACUGAUCUUCGCAUAUAAUGGUAAGUUAAACAAGAAGGAGAAGAUCAUAGACCAGUCAAAGAUCACACCUGGGCGGAGGGUUCAGGUGCAGGGUGGCGGUCGUCUGAUCAUAGGACAAGAACAAGAUGGUAAGGAAGGUAAAUACGACAUCACUCAGGCGAUGGAUGGAGAGAUCGCUGACUACAAGUUCUACAAUGUACUUUUGACUCCUGAAGAACUGCUCAACUUCACCACCUGUGCAGGACCUUUACCGGCAACCACUCCACCAUUACUUACUCUGGAUGAUAGUCGUCUUGAGAUCAAAGGACCAACGGCUAAAACAAAUAUUUCUGAAGAAGAAAUUUGUCAAAAUUUGACUAGUUAUUUGCUUCUUAUUCCUGAGAAAGUGGAAUUCCAGGAAAGCAUUACUACUUGCAACAAACUGAGAGGAACGCUUGCACUUCCGAAAAAUGCCGUAGAGAACAUCAAUAUCAUUGAACAAUUCCAGCAUUUCAGUUCACGCUGCGAGGACACAUAUGCAUGUCUGUACUGGGCUGGUACCAAGGGAAUCCUCUCGACUGGACACUGGGUCCAACUAACAAAUAAUGAACCUGUAGCGUGGCAUAAUUUCCACAACCCGUCCCAGACUCCCCAUGAAAUAUAUCAAUGUGUAGCAAUUGCCAGCGGGAACCCUUCCUACCGCUGGUUGGCGACACCAUGUGUAGAUUAUACCACUUCAUGUUCUCUGUGUAACUUCACAUCACAUCCUCUUCUGCGGUUGCGGGGACUCUGCCAAUCAUCGUUGUUUGACCGUGAGUUGUACUUGAACGACUAUGAGAAAGAGCGACCCAAGUUUGACGGGGCGAAGCACAGCCGUGUGGUGUGGAACAGCACGAGCUGGGUGAUGAUCAGCCGCCUUUAUUUGGAACUAAGGGCUGUCAUGCACGCGGACACCCCCGACACCUACCCCAUCGGUCUCCACAACUGGACUAUCAGCGGAGAUAAAUGUGGCCAGGGAGAGGUCGAGCUGAUGUUGACACUGUGUGGCAACAAGGAGUACACCUGUGAUGAUGGCAGCUGCAUCUCCAAGGACCACAACUGUGACACCUACACCAACUGCUCCGACCACUCCGACGAACUCAACUGUGACAUUAUUAUCGUGCCAAGUGGCUACUCAGAGGAGCUCUUUCCCCCAAGCUCCACCACUGACCCUCUGUCGAUCCACUUCCUCAUCAAUAUCACCUCAAUCAGGACCUUCAAUCUAGCUUCUUUCGACGUUGCCAUAGAUGCCAAAUGGCAUACUAAAUGGCACGACUCAAGGCUGACCUUCACCAACUUGGCAAAUAACUACCAGAACAACAAGGUGAGACACUUGGAGAAGCUGUGGACGCCGGAGCUGCAGGUGACUGACGGCACAAGGAGCCUGGUGAAGGGGGCACAGGUUCCCGGCGAUGUUUAUGUCAUCCGCAGAUCAGAACCUUUACCCGACAACGACCAGAGGAUAACAGAAGAUUACGCAUACAGUGGCGAGGACAACACCUUGAUGUACCAACAACAUGACACGCUAGAGUUCAGGUGUCACUUCGACCUGCACCUCUACCCCUUCGACACCCAGAAGUGCUACCUGGAGUUCAGCGUCCGGGACCUCAGACACACCCAGGGUGUCCUUCUCAAGGAUGGGCUGGGGGUGGUGUUUGAGGGUGAGCGUAGCCUGCUGGAGUACAAGCUGGAGAAGGAGGUGAUCACCUCAUACACACUCAACGAUGUCAGCGUCCUCCAGGUGCAGCUGGAGUUGAAGAACCAGUACCGCUACUACAUAGCCAACGCGUUCCUGCCUAGCCUCAUGCUCGUCCUUAUCUGUUGCCUCACACUUUGCUUCGACCUUGAUGAUUUCACGGACCGCAUCAUGGUAACCCUCACCUCCAUGCUGGUGCUUGCUGCCUUCUUUGCGCAAACCAGUCAGACCAACCCCAAGACCUCAUACCUCAAGCUGAUUGAUGUGUGGUACCUGGUGUUGAUCUGCGAGGUGUUUUGCAUCAUCGUCGGUCUCAUCUACGUAGAGAACCUCCGCCUGAGCCCCCAGAUUCGUCGAGUGACUCUUGUUUCCCACAAAAACUUAACUAAAGCAAAACUUGAGCCCUAUAUUACCACUGGAGCCAACCUUGGACACAGAGGGAAACUGAUAAUGGUGAACCGUUUUCUGCUGGUGAUCUUCCUCUCUACCAACAUCAUCAUCCUUGUCUGUUUCUUUGCUGUCGGCAUGAAGGCCAUCAGUGAUUGAGAGGGUGCGCUUGUGUCUUGUUUGUGUUGAUUGUUAAUCCUGUAUCUAUUUGAUUGUUAACAUAACUCCAUUCCUAAUGAAAUGGAAAGUAAAAGACAACAAACCUUUCAUUAAAUCUUAUAAAUUAAAUUUUCAUCUCCAGGCAAGUUUAGAAGUAAAAAAAAUAUACAGUAUAAAGAAUUCUUGUAUUAAAUUUGUUUAUAGUAACUAUAUAAAUUAUCUAUGUAAGCUGUACUCAUGAGAAAACUGGGAAUGGCAUGAGCCUCUAUUACCUAAGUCAUUCAAAUUAAUGUUAAUUUAUUGUAAUUUUUCAAAAGCUUUAAAUGGUUUAAAGAUCACCGAGUUUUAUGUUGCUUUACCAGGCAUCAAGCCCAAUAUAAUUCUCAGUAUUAUCACAUGAGUUUUACCUAAAGAUAUGUGAAGGAGAGAGUAUUUCAUGUGUCUGUGUAUGUGCAUUCAUGUAAUGCAUUGACCUCCACAGAGAGACAUCAUCUUGCAAAAAUAAAAACUAGGCAAUUCAAAUUCCAAAGCUUGCACAUUCUCACAACUAUUCCGCUGUUUGGCUCACAAGUAUCACGUGACAUCCAAACUUCCCGAUUGGCUAAGUAAUAAGUAAACAAUGGAUUUUGUCACAAACUUUUCUUAUAAAUAGGUGAAAUUGAAAAGCCAAAAUAGUAAUUAAAAACUAUAAAUUUCCAAUGGAAAUGCUGAGGAGUAAAGUAUUCUAUUUUUUCUCUAUCUCCCUAUACUGUAUUGUAUAAGAAUCAGUAUAAAGUUCCAUGCUUGGCUACUUUGAAAUAUUCACACAUAUGAAUUUUUCAACACUGUCUCUAUUCCUUUUCAAAUAGAAAUGUCACCUAUUUAUCAGUCACGGAUUGAUCAUCAAUCUUUACACUGGUUUCUUGGUGUAUCCUGGUGGAGGGUUGGGAGGUGGUAAAGAUCAACAUGAUGACCCAGGCAACUACAGUACAGUUCCAACAAAACAUAUCUUCACCCCAUGGUGGUCAAGCUAUGUGUGUGUGUGUGACAUGAUUAACAACAGCUGAACUGUACAAGAAGUGUUUUUCUUCAGGUAGUAUAAUAACAAUACUUCACUAGUCUCUAAUUUGUAUCUCUUUAGUACCUAAUAGUACUGUAACUCACCAGCAUCUAACUCUUACCUCACCAGUAGUGCACUAAUAUCUGAUUAAAUAAUUAUAAGGUAAUUUUACUCUACAGUUAACCGUUUGUACGAAGGUUUUAUCUUUCUUUUGUGUGUUUUUCCCUCUGUCUUUAUCUCCAUCCACUUAUUUUUCUGUCUACCUCUUUUUUCAUUUAUUUACCUACAGUAUAGUGUUUAUUUCUUAUCUGUUUAUGCACUCGUCUACGCUAUCAAUUCAUCCAUCUAUCAAUCAAUAACUCAGCCAUCUAUCAAUCUGUUUAAUUAUUUACGUUAGAUGUUUAUCUGUAAAACUAAGUACCGUACCUGUGCGUACUUAUCUAGCCGUCUGUCUCUCAGUCUAGCAAAUUGACUGUCUAGCUUUUUAAUCUGAUUAUUUACAGUAGUUGUUUGUUUGUCUAAUUGUCCUUCAUCUUUCCUCCACUUCUGAGUAAAGGCUUGAGACUGGACACAUUCACCAGCUGAAGUGUUUACACAGGAAAUGCUGAUGUUCAAGAAUAUUUCAUCCCCUAUGAGUGACCAACAAACAUCCUCCACUUCUGUAAGGAACUCCUGGAAAAUUUGGCACCACUUAUGUGAUCCUAUAUUGGAACUUACAUUAGAAAAUCAUAGAAUAAUUUAAUGUGUGGGAUAUAUGAGCAAAAACUAUGAUAAUUUAGGACAGGUAAAGUACCUUAUUCUGUGAUAAGGAGCCACAGCCACUACCACCCCAGUCCCUUACUGGCUCAUUGUUUACCCUCUGUAGGUGUCUGUGUUUCACUUGUCAGUAUUGUUUCUUUAUGUGUAGGAUGUUGUGAUAAUAAUUACUAUGAUAGUUGAAACUUAGUAAAUAAAAAAGAAUAAGAAUCAAGACUCAUCUUUGU